AGUCAGUCAGACAGUCGAAGCAGUAACAGUCCGCCUGCAGACACUCACCGUACUGCAUAGCGUUACUGUCCGACUCAGCCCACGGUAAUAUUCACGGUCUCUGCUAAUGGCUAAUGGAUGUUUUUUCUGGUGACCCUUUCUGACGCCGGACGGCGAUAUUGUAGCAAGAAACAACUUGGCGGCGGCUUCUUGGUUUACGGUUCGUCUCGACGAGGACCGCACUCCAUCGUUAGCUCGCUAAGCUAGCUAGCCCGCCGUGAUACUUUGCACUGUAGCGGCGUCAGGGCUCCGCUUCGGCUAGCUGCCGCUAUCUUCAGCCACGGCGGUGGAUUGAGGGCCCCCGUCACUCUCGAGCAUGUUUGAGUGACGUGUGAAGGCAGGCGGCAGUGGGAUCUCUGAAGCUCCACCCCAUCCCUCUGCUGGUGGAGCUCUGUGCACAUCUGACCAGAGACCCCUUUGAUCCUUUGGACAGAAUGCGAAGAUUCGCCUACUGCAAGGUGGUUUUGGCCACAUCUUUGGUGUGGGUAAUGUUGGACAUGUUCAUUCUACUCUACUUCAGCGAGUGCAAUAAGUGUGAUGACAAGAAGGAGAGAGGGCUCCCUGGGAGAGACGAUGCUCUGAGCAGACCACGAGAUGGGCCUGGUGAGGGAGGAAAGCCAGUGGUGAUCCCAAAGGAAAACCAAGAGAAGAUGAAGGAGAUGUUCAAGAUCAACCAGUUCAACCUCAUGGCCUCUGAGAUGAUUGCACUCAAUCGCUCGCUGCCUGAUGUCCGGCUGGAAGGGUGCAAGAACAAGUUAUACCCUGAUAAUCUUCCGCGGACCAGCGUGGUGAUUGUAUUUCACAAUGAGGCAUGGAGCACACUGUUGAGAACUGUCCACUCAGUCAUUGAUCGUUCUCCACAUACAUUGCUGGAGGAGAUUGUCCUGGUAGACGAUGCCAGUGAAAGAGACUUUCUAAAGAGGCCACUGGAGCAAUAUGUCAGAAGGCUGGAAGUCCCUGUCAGAGUGGUGAGAAUGGAGCAGCGGUCCGGACUUAUUCGUGCUCGCCUCAAGGGAGCGUCCCUUUCCACUGGCCAGGUCAUAACCUUUCUGGAUGCUCAUUGCGAAUGCACAACAGGCUGGCUCGAGCCUCUGCUUGCUCGCAUCAAGCAGGACAAGAAAACAGUUGUCUGUCCUAUCAUUGAUGUGAUCAGUGAUGAUACGUUUGAGUACAUGGCAGGAUCUGACAUGACAUAUGGGGGCUUUAACUGGAAGCUCAACUUCCGCUGGUACCCUGUGCCCCAGAGAGAGAUGGACCGCCGCAAAGGAGACCGUACCCUCCCUGUCAGAACUCCCACCAUGGCAGGCGGCUUGUUCUCCAUAGACAGAGAUUAUUUCCAGGAGAUCGGCACAUAUGACGCAGGCAUGGACAUCUGGGGUGGAGAGAACCUAGAAAUCUCAUUUAGAAUUUGGCAAUGUGGUGGAACUUUAGAGAUUGUCACGUGCUCUCAUGUGGGACACGUGUUCAGAAAGGCAACACCCUACACUUUUCCUGGAGGAACCGGGCAGAUCAUCAACAAAAAUAACCGGCGUCUGGCAGAAGUCUGGAUGGAUGAGUUUAAAAACUUCUUCUACAUCAUCUCGCCUGGUGUGACCAAAGUGGACUAUGGUGACAUCACCUCUCGUACUUCCUUGAGACAAAAGCUUCAAUGUAAACCCUUCAGUUGGUACUUGGAGAAUGUCUACCCUGAUUCCCAAAUUCCCAGACACUACUAUUCGCUGGGAGAGAUCCGUAAUGUGGAGACCAACCAAUGCCUUGACAACAUGGCCCGCAAGGAGAAUGAGAAGGUUGGCAUUUUCAACUGUCAUGGCAUGGGAGGUAACCAGGUGUUCUCAUACACAGCCAACAAGGAGAUCAGGACAGAUGACUUGUGUCUAGAUGUGUCCAAGCUGAAUGGACCAGUCAUGAUGCUCAAGUGUCAUCACCUCAAAGGCAACCAGCUGUGGGAGUAUGAUCCUGUGAAGCUGACCCUGAUCCAUGUCAACAGUAACCAGUGUCUGGACAAAGCCAGCGAGGAGGACAGCCAAGUGCCCAGUGUCAGAGACUGCACACACUCCCGCUCCCAACAGUGGCUGCUCCGCAACGUCACACUCCCGGAGGUGUUCUGAUCACACACGUCGGCCCAGAGUGAGAAAUCAUGAGAAAGGACAAGUUAGUUAAUAUUGAGCACCAGGAAAAGGAGGAUUUUCCCAUGAGGGGAUUUGAGAUGUGAGGAGGACGGAUUGGAUGGUACUACCUCUGCCAGAGAUCAGAGGGAGGAGUGUGUUUUAGCCUCCUCACAUAAGAAAUGACUCCCGCCAGGACACAAUGGCCGUCGGUUUAUUAUUGCUUUUUAAAGAGAUUUUUAACUUGGAGAGUGAGUCGCGUCUGUGAAUACAAGAGACUGGUGGAGGCACCAUUCGACACUCAUAGCUUCCCCGGACGACAUGGUCCACCCCUCAACUCAUCAUGUAACGUUUACUGACUGCCUCUUCUGACAGUGUGUGCACUUACUCAUGUCUGUGGAUGAAUUUUGAGAUGAAUGUAUGUUUUCAGAAGGUGGCUAAAUUCAUUGUUUUUGUUUUAUUUAAUUUUGUAAUGCAUUUUAAAGAUGAAUUUUGAAAACCCAUGAAGAAGAGUGUGUGUGUGUGUGUGUGUGUGUGCGUGUGUGCGUGCGUGCGUGCGGCCCUUUUCAGACAUGAAACGUAACGUAGGCAUCCUGUGCACCCGCUGCAUUUUAACUUUCAAAUUUCAAAAUAUCAAUCAGAUUUAGUUGAAGUUCCUUCAUAGCUCUGUUAAAAAACACACACACACACACACACACACACACUGACAUUUAUGUAAAGGUUGCAAGUUUCUUGUUCUUUAGACCAGUUGGUGAUUGUUUUCCCAAAAGUGCAGAAUAUUUAAAUUUGGAACAUGUGGCUGUUUAUGCAGAUGAUGUUACAUUGAUAUGGUCCAUUUAACUAGUGAUCGGCCUUAUUAAAGACACUGUGGUUAGCGUUAGCAUAUGCAGUCAUUCUAACUGUGGAUGAUGCUGAUCACAUAUUACAGCUAAUAUUAUGCUUUUGCAUUAAGUACAGUUAAUGUUACUGAAUAUGCUAAUCACAUACGCUAACCAGAAUGCUAAAGCAGAGUCAUUUUUAAUAUGGCCUGUUGCUAGUCAAAUGCACUGCAUUGACAUCACAAUAUCAGGUAUAAAUAGCAGCAUGCUUCAGAUCUGUAAAUCCAGUACUUUCUG